AUGCCGCAGCCCUCGGCGGCAAGGAAUGCGUGCCACUGCGUAGUCGGCCUUGGAUCGAAUGCAGCGUUGGUGCUGGACUUCGGUGCCUGGGAUCGCGAAUGGCAUGGCAUUGACAGCGGUGCAUGGUGUGGCGGCAGACCGGCUGCUCUUCAAAUAGAGGACAUGCUUCGGCACGGCGGCCUGAAGCAGAAUGCCAAUGCCCAGAAAAGCAAAUUCCACCUGGCUGCUGUCCGUUUCCUUGAAGGCAAGGCUGAGGACCACGAUGAAGGCCAGGGGGUGGACGAAGAUAAGACAACCGUGAAACGGCUGGUCUCGUCUGAUACUGGCGGCCCCACAGCCGCCCAAUGCUUGACGGCGCUGGAAGUUCUACUUGCUGGAGGAAUGUUUUACAACAUCAUGGAGGCUGCGGCUGAGGCCGCCUUCAACGUGGACCGCCGUCGCCUGCAGCAACCCGUUCGGGCAGUGGCCUUGGCUGAGGAUGCAAGAGGCGGCUUCGAGCUUUUGAAGGUGCGGUACGUCAUGGCCGACUGGUCCGUUCAUUGCCGCAUGCUAGACCUGGCCACGGCUGAGAAGGCCGCACUGGAGAAAGCCAGAUCGCUGCCUGACACCCUGGCCAGCUUCUUGCCGGAGGAAGCCCUCCGGAAUGCUUUCAAAGACAAGAUCCGCAUCUUUAUGGCCGACGGGGAAUUUAGCGAGCCUCUGGCGGCACGGCUGAGGAAAGUCCAGGGAACCCUGCCGGGAUUGAAGGCGAUUAUGAGAUGCUCCGUCCAUAGUGGACAAAGGUCGCUCGAAAAGGCCUUGUCGUCUGACCCGGAUGUGCAGGGUCUUCUCCAGAGCUGGGUGCUUGGAUUUUCCGAUGGUAGUGGGAAAAAUCCAGGAGGAUUUUGCAGGGCUGUGCGAAACUCGCAGAAGCUCCAGCGGCUGACGGCAGAGAAGCAGCUUGAGGGUGUGGACGAAAGCCUGAGGCGAUUGUGCCACUUCGGCUUUGCACCCCAACGUUUCAACACCGUCUGCGAUGCUUGCGUCAACGUGGCUGAGAACAUAGAUGCGGUCUGCAAUGUCCUGAGCCAUCUCGCAGCGGUGGAUGAUGCACUGUCAGGUUGGGCCACUAAGCUUCUUCAACAAUGCUUUCAGCCGGAGAAGCUCCUCCAACUUGGCUUGAUCGCGGAGCUUGCCUGUGCCGCUGC